AUGUCGCCCAGUAAUGAACAUACCCAUCACCUCCACCACCUCGGUAGUUGGAUGCCCUCCGACCAUGCCGCCCACCGAGAAUGGCUUGGCGGAGUGAUCAAAUAUGUGGACAACAACGAAAAGGACUUGCACCCAGUCCUACGCGAAUUUCAAGAUCUCAUCGAAAGCAACACUAGAGUUUAUAUGCUGAUCGAAGGCAUGUUCAAGGAAGUCCCGAAUAAGAAGCCAUACAGUCACGACCCAACAGGCCACCCGGAAAUCAGGGACUACAAGCACUUCCUCCAAGUUCUCAAUCAUUUGAUGACAACAGCCCCUACAUGGACUGACAAAGCCCACCGUGUGGGUUUGGUCGGUCUGCCCAUUAACGCAGUCCUAGACUGGCCAAUGGGCACACCAAGUGGAUACGCUGCAUUCCUCGACCCAGAGAUCAAUGCCAUGCUGAAAAAGAUCCUAAAUGCCUGGGGUGAGUUCCUGCGUUCGCCCGCAUCCGCUGAUGUCCUGAACUCUACUUCGAAUGGAUGGUUCGGUGAGACCGGCCACCGCGACCUGACUAGCGUCGCAAAGGUUGGCCCAACAGCAGCUACUACCCUCGAGUUCCAUGAGAUGUUCCACUGUGACCCGUCCGCGCCGAACUACGGCUACAAGUCCUGGGACGACUUCUUCACUCGCUUAUUCCGCGAUGGAAUGCGUCCGGUUGCUGAACCAGAGAAUAAUCGGGUUCUGGCUAACGCAUGCGAAUCGAGGCCGUUCAGGCUUGCGCAUGAUGUGAAAGCCCGCGAUAAAUUCUGGAUCAAGAGUCAGCCGUACUCUGUGUUGGAUAUGUUGGCCCAUGAUCAGUAUGCUGAGCAAUUCGUCGGUGGAACGGUUUAUCAGGCCUUCCUGAGUGCAUUGAGUUAUCACCGCUGGCACACACCCGUCUCUGGAAAGGUUGUGAAAGCCUUUGUUGCUGACGGAACAUACUAUUCCGAGCCUCUGUUUGAGGGCGUUGGAAAUCCCAAGACUCCUCAGCAGGAUAUUGAUAUCGCCGGUCAGGUUACCUCCCAGGCUUACAUUACUUCGACUGCGACAAGGGCGAUCAUCUUCAUCGAAGCCGAUGAGCCGGCUAUUGGCCUUAUGGCUUUUAUUGGUGUAGGAAUGGCGGAGGUUUCUACUUGCGAUAUCACCGUCAAGGAAGGCCAGCAUCUUUCCAAGGGAGAUGAGAUUGGUAUGUUCCACUUUGGUGGAUCUACUCACUGUCUUCUCUUCCGCAAAGGUGUUAAUGUUUCGGGAUUUCCCGAGCCGGGGAUGAAGGAGAAUGUGCCAGUGCGGAGCCAACUUGCUGUUGUUUCCUAG